UGCCUUUUGCAGAAAAACAAACAUUACAUUACAGCUGGAAGUAUCUUUGCCAUUCUUGUGGAGUCUGUUGCAACCAACCCAGAUAUAAAUGAAUCCUCUGAGACUAUUAGACUUUAGUUGGGACACAAUGAGUGCAGGCGGUUUGUUCAGUGGUGUGUCUCUCCCCUGGAUGUCUCACCUGACCGUGGCUAACCUGACCCUGACCCUGGGUCUGGGGCUCCCGGAGCAGUCCGUCCUCCAGCCGGCGUGGGACUACCUCCUGCAGCACCACCAGGCUGAGCUGCGGAGCCCUCUGUUUCCUGUGGUCAUCUCUGUCUCUACCUACCUUCUUCUGGUGACCCUCUACACCCUGCUAGACCUCCUGGCCCCCAGCUGGCCAGCCCUCAACAGCUACAAGCUCCACCCAGACAGACCUGUCACCUGGGACAACAUCUGGACCACCCUGUAUCUCACAGCCUACAACCACCUGGUCUAUAUCUUCCCUGCUGCUGUGGGCCAGUGGCUGUGGAGGCCUCCUAUCCCGCUCCCCCGUGACGCACCCACUCUAAUGAGCUUCCUCCUGGGCAUCCUGGGGUGCAUGGUGGUCUUUGACUUCCAGUUCUACCUUUGGCAUCUUCUACACCACAGAGUCCCAUGGCUGUACCGUACCUUCCAUGCCAUGCACCACCAGUACCUUCAGCCCUUCAGCCUGGUUACCCAGUAUGUGUCCGCCUGGGAGCUGAUCAGCUCGGGCUUCUGGACCACUGUGGACCCCCUCCUGCUGCAGUGCCACUGCCUGACCGCUUGGGGCUUCAUGGUGUUCACCAUAUGUGUGUCCACUGAGGACCACUGUGGCUACGACUUCCCUUGGUCGCUGCACCGCCUGGUGCCCUUCGGCCUGUGGGGCGGACCCCCCAAACACGACGCUCACCACCGGAUGCCCGGGACAAACUUUGCCCCGUUCUUCUCCCACUGGGACUGGCUGGGGGGGACUAACAUGGUGCCCACCCCCUCCAAAGAUAAAUAUGUUGAGGAAGGUCUGAAAGGGAAGAAGGAUAAAGGAGCUUGAGUGUUGCUUUUUUUUCUCCUCCCUCUCUCCCUUGACUGCUUUUUGUGUGUAUUUCAUCCAAUCUUUCUCUCUUCCUUACUCCAUCUCUCCUGUCUUUCUCUCUGUCUACCUCUCUCUCUCUCUCGCUCUUCCCCUUUUCCAUCUUUCUUUGUGUUCAUGAAAUGUAAUGACUUUACACUAACGGCGCUCUGAAGCACUCUGUCAGAUCACUGGUUUUGUAUGAUAUUGAUUUGUUUGGGAUUACUCUGUGUUUUUUUUCAUUGGUUUCCAUGGCAUUCUCAGGUCAGACUUCCCUGCAUUUGAAAUGUGUGUUAUAUUAAUACCGCUAAAAAUCCAUGCUGAAUGGAGUUUUAUAUUUUUGCUAAGUUGUUUGCUAUUGACAUUUUCCUAUGUUUCUCUGUUUUGAACUCUUUUUGAAUAAUUUCUUUGGGGGUAAAUCCUAUGACAUACUGUAUGGAUAACCUGACAUAGCAUAARUGUCUGUUGGUUGAUGAGAGACAUGUAAACAUAAGACUGCACAAAUGUUUUAUAGGUAUUUUAAUAACUCAUGUAGUAUUUUUGGAAAAUGUGUGUUUUGUUGAAAUAACACAGUUGAAGAAUUGCAGCACAGCAAUUCAAGCAGGGUAACACAAGGGAAAUGCGGGCGCGCACACACACACACAAACACACACACACAAACCAGAAAGCUGAAUGGCAGUCUUUUAGCGGUGUCCAGUGUGCCGCCAGAGCGAUGCGUGGGGCCAAUACUAAUUUAUCAUCCUCUCUUUCAGACGCUGUCAAUAAUCUCUUUGGCAGAGACCUAUACACUGCCCCUCCCACGACAAAAUACCUUCCUUGUGAUCCAUGAUCUUCAGCCUGGGGCCUAAACAAAAACCAAACACAACUAUURCUCUUUCAAGCAUGUCGUAGGCAGAGCAUCAAGAAUACUUGGUAUUCCUAGAGAGUGUGGUUUGUGUUCUAAUAGAUUAUUAAUAUGGGAAACUGCAGAAUAUUUGUACUGUUGAUGAUGAUUGGAGCAGAGGGUCGGUGAAGAGUUAGAGAGCAGGGUGAAAUGUCAGCUGUGUUUUAAUCACAUUG